AAUAGAUUUUCGUCCUGGUCGUGGGAUUUAUGACUUGCAAAUAAAAAACACCUCAUACAAUCGCGAUAAUGGCCGUUUCGAGUGUCGGAUCAAGGCCAAAGGCACAGGUGCCGAUGUGCAUCAGGAAUUUUACAAUUUGACAGUUUUGACACCGCCACAUCCGCCGAUGAUAACGCCCGGCAACAUAGCCAUCGCCACCGAGGAUAAGCCAUUGGAGUUGACUUGCAGCAGCGUGGGUGGCUCACCGGAUCCAAUGAUAACUUGGUAUCGCGAGGGCAGUACUGUGCCAUUACAAUCGUACAUACUGAAAGGCGGCUCCAAGAAUCAUUACACCAAUGCCACAUUGCAAAUACUGCCAAGACGCGCUGACGAUGGCGCCAAAUAUAAAUGCGUCGUUUGGAAUCGUGCCAUGACCGAGGGUCAUACGCUGGAGACAACUGUCACGCUGAAUGUGAACU